AUGUCGUGCGUUUUACGACUUACGAAACGGCGACCCUUCGUGAAUGUCAGAAGUGAAGGUGACCAGCAAGUAUGGCCUCAAUUAAGUCGGCUUUCGCGUCAUACUCACUGCAUCAGUCAGGCUGCUCCAGCCAAUCCACUCUCUUGGCCUCCUCUCAACAGGCUGGAAACAAGUAGUCCCGUUCCCAACGGGGCGGGUCGAUAUGAUUAA